AUGACAACUGUUGCACCCAUAAUGAUGCCCCCUAAAACCAAACGACGGUCCUUCAAAAUCAAGCGUUCUCCUCGACUGGCAUCGUUUUCACACCCACUUGAUUCUCCGCGCGAUGACUCCUGGGAUUCCGAUGUUGAAUCCGUUCUAGAUAGCUCAUACAACGAGUCUAUUCUGUCCGUGACAUCUUUAGACUCUAAUGGCGCCUAUUCAGUGCUGCCACUCUCAUCAUGCUGUGCCACAAAGAGGACGGUCGCAACACCUGCGGUGGUGCUGACCCCUUUAGUAACUACUCGUUGCUCAGAACUCCGGGCUACUUCAUCGUAUAGUAAACUUCUGGGGCUCAUGAAGCGCCAUGACGAGCGCAAGGAGAAAAUCUCCACUAUCAACGAAAAGAGCAAUCUGCAUUCCAUCGACCGCAUGCUGCGGUGGCGGUCCUUUCUGUUGAGUGUCAUGACUUUUGCCAUGAUACCCUUCUCGCCUCGCAGUACUGAUGACACAGUCCCAAUAGACGUGGAGAUCAAAACCACAAACACCAUCAGCAUCAACGGGGUUAACAGCAUUAACUACAUCAACAACUUGGGCAACUACGAUGAUGAGCGAGAGCUAGUCACGUUUGCUACUAUCAGUCCAAACCCUGCCUCCUUGGAGUUGAAAUACAGCAAGGUUAGAAAUCGGGAUUUCCGCAUCAACUGCGAUUUCCUCAAAUGCUACGCUUUAGAUUUUUGCGCCAGGCAAAACAGAAAACUCCCCAUCACAACGUCACCAGAGGAAGUAGAGCAACUCAUGCAAGAUCCUGCCCUCCGGUGGUUCAAUUCUCGGUAUGGGCUUCGAACAAUCUCAAACAUUUCCCGCGAGAAGCUCUGGGACUCCGUCAUCUUGCCUCCGAGAUCCGAUUUGCAUCCCCAAGGGGCAAUUGACUACUCAAAGUACUCUUACGUAGGUGGGGAUGAGCCUUUGGGGUCUGGGCCUUCGGUAGUGUCUAAACACAGCAAGUAUAUUCCCUGGGCCACCCACCGGACGUCACUCCGUCCGGCAGGAGUGUUGGCCACGAGCAAGCCUCACACGAGCAAGACACCCAUGGGGGGUGUGACCGCUACGCAGUACACCAUCAAGGGGUGGUGCAAUGAGCGUUGGACUUGCAAUUAA